AUGCAAGGAGGUUCUGUGUCGACUGGCGACCUGCCCAAGUAUGCUGCCAAGGGGGAAAGGCAGAAACUGGACCUUGAUUGGAUAAAAUUGCUGCACCAAGAGGGACUGCCUCCCUUUUUGCCGGUAGCGUCCGAUCCACCGGCCAAGUUUAGGCAAGCGAUACGCGAGUUCAAUCGAGCACAAUACUGGCAAUGUCACGAAACCCUGGAAGAACUUUGGCUGCCCGAAGGGUAUCCCCUGCGCUUGUUUUACCAUGGACUGAUCAAGGCGGCGGUUGGCCUCCUGCACCUAGAGCGACACAACCGCCAUGGAGGGACAGCUAAGCUCCGCGACGCCCAAUAUGCCCUGACCCCCUUUUCUCCCAAAUUCAUGGGCGUUGAAAUCGGAAACUUGCUCAGCGAUAUCGGCAAGCGUUUGGCCUAUUGCCAGGAUGCAGAAGUAGCAGACUGGUACGCCAUAGACCAACUUGCUCCAGUCUAUUUACACUUUGAGAACCCCUAUUGA